GUUUUGUGCUUUGUGCUUGAUAGCUUGUGACUCAGCUGACAAUGACGUCGGAGUGACAGCUUUCAGGGAUUGGGGAUAUUGAAAGAUGAGCUUCCUUUUCAAAAGAAGACCUCGCCGAGAAGAAAACAACAUAGCGGUUAUCGGUGCCCCCACAAAUGUGAAUCACGAUAUCCACGUAACAGUGUCCGUAGAUGGGAUCCUAACAGGAUUGCCUUCGUCAUGGAUGCGUCAAAUCGGCACUCAGAUCACAAAAGAUGAACAGAAGGAAAACCCUUUGGUUGUGAAACAGGUUCUGCAGUACUACAAUUACUCUAUCAAAAAGAAUAUUCAGGAAGGCCAGGAGUAUAAGCAUAUCAUUACUGAGGAUGAUAUACAUGAAGAGUCGAAACAAAUUGAUCUCUAUACACAGUCCAAAGAUGCUCAUAAAAGCUCGGAUUCUGCAUUGUCAUCUGAAGAAGGCAGUAUAGAAAAUGGGUCUAAAGAAGAAAACGAAGUUAAUAGGACAACUCUUCCUGCUAGACCACCAAGAAAAGUAGAUGGAACUAAUUUAGUUAAAACAAAAAACUUGGCUCAGAGUAUAGAAAAUCUAGCUCUAGCAGAUGAUAUUGAGUAUAGAAAUAAAUCUGAUUUAGCUAAUGAUGAAUUCAUGAGAAGACGUUCUGAUUUGUCAGAUGAGGAAUAUUUACAGCAAAUUAGGAAUAUUUGCAAUCCAGGAAACCCAUAUGAUUAUUAUGAAAGGAGCAAUAAAGAUCUAGGUUCAGGGGCAUCUGGCACAGUAUUUGCAGCUACAGACAGAAAAUCUGGCCAACUGGUGGCAAUUAAAGAUAUUGACAUGACGAAGCAGCACAAGAAAGAUCUCCUUCUCAGCGAGAUCAAGAUCAUGAAGAACUUCAAACAUAAAAAUCUGGUGAAUUUUUUGGACGCCUUCGUGGUGUAUGAUGACCAUCUGUGGGUCGUGAUGGAACUUCUAGAUGGCGGACCACUGACAGAUGUGGUCACAGAGACUGUGAUGAAGGAAGGACAGAUAGCGGCUGUUUGUUAUGAGGCCCUGCAAGCUAUUGAUUAUUUGCAUCAAAGGGGGACCAUUCAUAGGGACAUCAAGUCUGACAAUGUCCUCUUGGGUAUGGAUGGUACAGUAAAAGUAACUGAUUUUGGAUUUUGUGCAAACGUGGUAGGAAAUGAACAGAGAGAAACAAUGGUAGGCACUCCAUACUGGAUGGCCCCAGAGGUAGUUACCAGGCAGAAAUAUGGAAAGAAAGUGGACAUUUGGUCUUUAGGUAUCAUGAUUGUGGAAAUGUUGGAUGGGGAACCACCAUACCUCAGAGAACCCCCACUGAGGGCCUUGUACUUGAUAACAGCUAAUGGUAGGCCAAAAAUCACUAGGUGGGAUUCACUGUCGCCCAGGUUGCAGAGUUUCAUAGAUUUGUGUCUACAGGUUGAUGUUGACAAGCGUGCUACUGCAGAGGAACUCCUGAAUCAUGAAUUCUUGAAAUGCAAAAUGGAACUAAGGACAUUAACUCCUCUCAUCAGAGCUGCCAAGAAAAUGUUGCACAAAACAUGAAUGGUGAUAUUGAAUUGAUACAGCUGUUACCUAUUAUUUGUUGCUAUCUAAUUUGGAAAAAUCAGUCGGAACAAUUUUGUUGGUCCCUGGUUAACCAUAAGCAAUAUCAACUGAGACUUGGUGACCAAUUGUUUGACUGUACACUAGGUCAAAACAAAAUCAGAUUUUGUGAUACUUUAUCAUACUAUUCUAUUCCAAAUAGUAUUUCAGGUAAACACUUUUGAGAUAGAACAGUGGUUUUAUGGUAUAGGUCUCAAUCAAGUCGAUGUGUCAUAGUUUUUGAAGUGAUGCUUAGCUAGAUGUGCAGCUUGAGGUGAAUGAUAUACGCAUACUUUUUUACGUAAGAAUUUAUAUAUACAUAUAUAGUUUUAAGUUUUAUACUAUACAAUUUAGAAGCUUUUUGUAUCUUAUUACCAUUACAGAUACUGAAUGAUUUUUACGCUCGUCAGUAAUUUUUCUAUCCAAGUCUUAUACAAAAAAUGUGAUUCUGUAAAGGACGAACUUUAUAGUUCAUAGUGCCACAAUUUUACCGCGAAAUAUUAUAGGAAACAAGAAUUGGUGGGUAGGGUAAAAAGUAUUCAAUUUAAAAUUUGUUUUUUUUUUGCAUAAUUCCUCGACUGUAACACACUUUCUCUAACAAUAGGAAGUCUGGAAGGCUAUCAAAACAUUCGUCUUCGGUCUUCUCCACUUGUUUAUCGGACCCAAAGUGCUUUCUAAAAAACAAUUUCCUCAAAUCUAGGAAAGAUGGAAGUAUGGGGGUGCCAAAUCAGGAGAAUAUGGAGGAUACUCGAGCAAAUCAUACCCUACAGAUUUUCCAUUUCUCACACACCUUUACGAGCUGGUGCGUCCCGAUGAAAAAUGAUACCUUUCUUCUUCCAAGUCGGGCCAAUUCUUACGAAUUUUGGUAUACAGUUGAUCAAGGAUUUUGAAAUAGCAUUCGCCCGUAAUUGUACUGCCCUUUUCAAGGAAACACAAGGUCACCUUUCCCGCAGAUGCAAUCGACUUUGGCGCUGAACCUCCGGUUUCCACGUUUUCUCAUUCGUUGUUGUUGAAUAAAAAAAAUUCCCACAAAAAUUAGUUUACCCAUUUCAUGCGUCGGCUUGAACAACUUGCAACAAUAAACCCAACUUCACAAUUAUUUCGCAAACCAGGGGUAUUUUCGUCUAAUAUGAUUAGACUAUAUACAGAAACCAUAUUGUUGAAUACUGUAGGUCUAAGUGCUGAACUUGAAUUGGAUAGUUGUUCAAUAUGGUGGAAAAUAAAACAAGGUUGGCACCGUGGAAUUUUACGUCCAACUUGGUCAAAAUUCCUAAUUACGUGAAGAAAUUCACGAAGAACUUCAUGGAUUUAUUCAUGUAUAAAUUCCUUUUUUACUUUUGAAAUUAGCCAUGCCAAUGUAAAACAGAUAUCAGUGAAAAAAGUUUGUCAUUCAAACCUGUGUCAAUGCGAGAACUUUUCACCUUAUCCAAUUAGAUGAGUCUUCUUUUAUUGUAUCCGUAAAUUCCAAUUUAUACACUUAUUUUAAGGGUCCAAAUUUCAGAUUCCAGUUAAGACUGAUCGACAUUUAAUGUCUUGCAAUAUUACGUUGGGCAUUUUGGAAUAUGACGUUACAUUUAUACUUUUUGUAAGGUUUCCAUUUUAACAGUUAGCAUACUCAGAUACACUUAAAAGUGCCUAAAUUCCAAAUAGUGGUUGAAAUGGAAAUUUGUUUUGUUAAUGCAUAUUGUCAGUCAUGUUUUAUACUUAAAAUGUGUCAUUAAAUAUUUAAUCAGGA